UCAGUCGUUGUUCGGACUCCGUUACGGUUACUUGGAUUUCGAUACGGUCGUGAAUGAUUUUUUUCGAGUGAGUAGCAUACUUACGCGCGUACGAUUCGCGAAGUGUAUUGGCGUCAUAAUUAAACACACACUAUCGUAAAUACGACAAUAAUAACGUGAUAUUUAAGCGAAACAAUUUGGAUUACCGCCGGAUUUGUGUUGCAAUAAAAAUCACGGUUUCAAAGCAGUUUUAAUCAAAGACAUUUAAUCGCUAUUGACGUACAUUCUGGUAUUUGCAUUCAUAUUCAUCAUGUUCAAUUCAUAAGACUAUUGCCAUCUACCAAUACAAAAUGAGAGGUGAACUCCAUCGGUAACCGUCCAAAUGAACUAAAUUUGACGCGGAAAUGGUGUAUUUUCGUGAACCCCUGAGGCUAACGAUGGACAAGCGAGACUCAAAGACGCGGCUGGUGUACGCGCUGCUGUUCGUGUUCGUGUAUUGCGGUGAACAAAUCGUUGCAGAUUUCGGCGUCGACGGUGACGGAAUACAAGCUGACAACGAUGAUGUUAGAGGUGGCAGUUCGCGGGUGGCGGUAGUUGACUCCGCUGCAACGGCGGACAGUAACAGGAAGCAGAGAGUGCACCACCACAAACGCCAUUUGUCGAGAUCUUCAUCGGCGGUCGACUAUGCCCAGGGGAAUGCACUGAUUAACGAGCUCGGAAAUCCGGACAACAUGUUCGUCACCGAAAAUGGCACCGUUGUCACGUCACAGAUCGGCGGCACCGCAAUCCUCCCAUGCGCCACUAUAAAACCCGGAACGGCCACGGUGUCUUGGGUCAGAAGGAUAGACUAUACAAUUUUAACAAUAGGGUCGAGAAGUUAUAGCAGUGACAAAAGGUUUUACGUUGACCACACUAGACAUUUAAAGACAUGGAAUUUAGAAAUAACACCAGUGGAAGCAUCAGACGCGGGUUUGUACGAAUGUCGUAUAGCCACACAUCCGACGACUAGCAAUUUCGUACAUUUAAAAGUCACAGAGGCCAGAGCGGAAAUCCUCGGCUCACCGGACCUGUACAUCAUGAGUGGCAGCAGCUUAAGACUGGUGUGCCGGCUACAGGGGUCAACGCAAGCCCCGCUAUUCGUGUUCUGGUACCAUUCCGAUCGGAUGAUCAAUUUUGACACGGAUCGGGGUCUGAUCGUGCACAUAAAUAGCACGGAAAGCGACCUGAUUAUGCCGUACACAAAUACGUCGGACAGCGGCAAUUAUACAUGUCAACCACAAAACAUACCGCCGGCUACGAUUCACGUGCACGUGCUUCAAUCUGAAGUACCGGCGGCCAUGCAACACGGGGUCCGUAGCUCGACUUCGGGGUCAUUCGCCAUCUCCAAUUGUGCUAUGUUUACAAUAAUCUAUAUGUUUUUGCAAAUGUUAAGCUAAAAUGGACUGGAAUUUAGUGGGUUUUAACUACUAUUAUAAAAAAUAUAAUAUUAUUAUAUUAAAAUUUUCCAU